ACUAGCUCUUUGUUCAGCCGUGAAGCAACGAGCCUACUUACUCUUUAUUGCUUAAUCUACCCCUGGCUACUUCGGUACCCGUAGAUUUCUAAUGCCAGGGCCUGUCUAGGUAUUGAAGCUACAAAAUGGAGGGCUUGCCGCACUCACGAGGCUUGCGCUGGCCACUAGGUGCUUCUAAACUCACUAAUAUAGCAACUCCAGUGGCAUCCGCCUCGAAUACUACUGAGCUUGUCUUGCAUAUUGAUACGUAAACUCUACGUUAUGACGGGCACGAUCCUUAUUACAGGAGCAAAUGGCUCUCUUGCCAUCCCCGCUGUACAAUAUCUACUAUCCAAAUACCCAGAUCAUACUGCAGUUUUAACUGUCCGUAAUGCGGAAGAUACGGACACUAACACCAAGAGGCUUCGUGAGACAAUCGCUGACUUUCCAAAAGCACAAACAUCCAUCCGUCAACUUGAUCUAGCAAAGCUCACGGCCGUUCAUGACUUCGCCGACACAGUAUCUAGAGAGAUUUCAGAGAAGAAGCUACCACCUCUCGCAGGGAUCGUUUGCAAUGCGUUUUAUUGGAACCUGACUCGCGAUCCCGAGUUCAACUCCGAGGGAGUUGAGACGACUAUCCAGGUGAAUCAUAUUUCACACGUCGCCCUAGUUCUCCGACUCCUAGGAAGCUUCGGACCCGAGGGUGGCCGUGUCCUACUCUUCACUAGCGAUGGACACUAUCCCGGCCGCAAUGGUCUAGAGAAGUACCCUCCCGGGAUUCCGGAUGAUAUAGAUUCAAUGUUGAAGGCUAGCCCAGAUGCCGACAAGCUAGGGCGCGGCUUCAACAGAUACGCCAAUUCCAAACUAGCCAUUCUUAUGUGGGGGUACGCAUUGAACAGAUACCUAGAGAAGAAUGAAGGUUUGAACAAGAUCACCGCUAUUGUGAUUGAUCCUGGGAACAUGACCGAUUCGCGUGCUCUACGCACAAACACACCUCUAUUCGUUCGUCUCGUUCAAAAAUUUGCUCUUCAACCUUUGCGACCGCUCCUUCGCCUAAGAGACCCAUCCCUCCGUACAACAGAUGAGGCAGCUGUCGACGUCAUAGACGUCGCCAUGAAUAAGGCAUAUCCAGGAGAGCGUGGUUAUCUCAAUCAGCUCAAGAGAGAGUCGAGUUCCCCAGAUAGCUUGGACGAGGACGAGCAACAGAAGGUGUGGGUCAAGAGCGCCGAGUGGGCAAAGAUCUCGAAAGAAAAUACUGCGUUGGCGGAGAACAUUUAAUUGACAUGACUAAGAGUGAAUAUUUGGAGUUGCAUUGGAAGAUCUCAUGCUUGGAUUUAAUGAAACAUUUGGCGGCUCAAUUCCAUAUCUACGGAUCCGACGUUUCAUUCACGGACAGGAACAGUAAUUGUACGUCGUAUAUACAGCGAAUCAACAUAAAUAAA